AACUGGAUCCCCUCUGCGUCGCUCCCCCUCGCCACAUCUUGAUUCUCCCCUCAAGACUUUCUCAGGGGGGUUGUGACCAAAAGUUUAUUAUUAGCGUCUGUCUCUGCGCUCUCUGUCCUCCCCCCUUCCUCCGUCUCACUUCUGUCCGUCACUUUCUGUUUUUGUCUUGUGCGCCCGCUUUCUUGUUCGCUUUUCUCCGCUGUUUGAUGCUCACUUUUCUUUACUCGCCUUAAGGUGUUUUGUUCUUGUUGUCUGUAGUUGUGUCUUUCCUUCACCUCUGGUUUUCUGCCGACGACACCGCAAGCUAUUUUUUACUUUGUCACAUCUCUGCGCUCUCUAGUCUUUCUGCGCCUUCGCUUUAAUACUCCAUUAUCCCGUCCUCAGUCGUCCUGUUGUUCUCCCAAACUCCUCAUCGGCCAGUUUUCCCGCCGCUGCUUCACCUGCCUUCACCUUUACUACAACCUCCCUUCAUCAUCUCCUCUUCCACGCAAGCUCAUCUCUGAGUGGCUCUGCUGAAUAAUGGGAAAGACCGAGCUGUACUCUCUCUAUAAAGGCUUUCUGGACUGUAUUUGCCUCUGCCUCUCUGUGAGUAUCUCCAUUUUCUGUGCUUGCAUUCGCUUCUGUCUGUCACCUCUGCAUCACAUCAACCUCUGACUCGAAACCACCUGCACCCGGUUGCUAUUUUCUCUUUAAGCUCCUCAGUCGUCAAACAACGAAUCGCAUGCAGACUGAGUGCGUGUUUUUUUAUGUGUCACUCGCUCAUCUAUUUCGCGGCCCUCGUCCUGCAGCAAGUGUCUCCUCAGCACUUGCUGGGCUUCUCAUAUUAAUAACAGUCUCAGAGUGCAGAUGGAAAUAGAGCCUCAGCUUUUCUGAAGAGGCCAGAAGUCAUUUGACAUUUCUUAUUAGCCUCCUUUAGAACAACCUCAGGUCAUCAGGAUCAACAUCAUCAGCUCGCGUUCUGGAGGAUUUGAUUUGAUCACGGCUGCUUUGAAGGAGUCUUCAGUUUUAAACAAAUGGGCUGCAUUUAAGGGUCUUUGAAUGCAUCGCUGAUGACCUUUGCCCUUCAGGCCCUUCAGGCCACCCUGUCUUUAGUCAGACAAUGAAGAACCGGACAGAGGCAGGCCACUCGCUGCCCAGAUUUCUCCUCUGUCACAAAUUCAGUUGUCUUUGUCUCCAGCGGAGCAGCGAUGAGGCUGCAGAGGACAACGAGAGGGACACUGAGAACGGCCACCUCAUCUACAAGAGUGGAGACGUCCUCGAAGACAGAUAUGAGAUAGUCAACACUUUAGGUGAGGGAACAUUUGGGAAGGUGGUACAAUGUUUGGACCAUAACAGAGGAGGAAGUCGAGUCGCUCUGAAGAUCAUCAAGAACUUGGAGAAAUACAGAGAAGCAGCCAAACUGGAGAUCAACGUGCUGGAGAAGAUCAGCGAGGGAGAGCCGGCCAACAGACAUCACUGUGUGCAGAUGCUGGACUGGUUUAACUACUACGGCCACGUGUGCAUCUCUUUCGAGCUGCUCGCUCUCAGCACCUUCGACUUCAUGAAAGCGAACAGCUUCCUGCCUUAUCCCAUGAACCAGAUCCGACACAUGGCCCACCAGAUCUGCCACGCUGUCAGCUUUCUCCAUGACAACAAGCUGACUCACACCGACCUGAAGCCUGAGAACAUCCUCUUUGUCAACUCAGACUACUCCCUCAUAUACAACGCCGAGAAGAAGUGCAAUGAGAGGAGAGUAAAUGACACCACGGUGCGGCUCGUUGACUUUGGCAGCGCCACCUUUGACCACGAACACCACUCUGUCGUCAUCUCCACUCGUCACUACCGAGCUCCAGAGGUCAUCCUGGAGCUGGGGUGGAGUCACCCGUGUGACGUGUGGAGUAUCGGCUGCAUCCUGUUUGAAUACUACGAAGGCUUCACACUGUACCAGACUCAUGACAAUAAGGAGCAUCUUGCUAUGAUGGAGAUAUUACAGGGACCAAUCCCCCAGAGAAUGAUCCAGAGGAGCAGAAAGCAGAAGUAUUUCCACCGUGGGCGCCUCGACUGGAACGAGUGCUCCAAGGCCGGGCGCUACGUGAAAGCCAAGUGCAAACCACUAAGGAAGUACUUGUUGUCACAGGGGACGGAGCACCACCAGUUUUUUCACCUCUUGGAGAACAUGCUGGAGUACGAGCCCUCGAAACGCCUCCCUCUGUCCUCUGCUCUGUGUCACCCGUUUUUCCUCCACCAUCCCGGGAGGAGUCAAGUGUGGAGGAACAGCUGUGAUAUGAGCAGAUGACCCUGACGCUCAGAUGACCCAAUGAGGAUCGUACCAGUGUGUUUGCAUGUUUUAGUUUCUCAUACACAUCAUGUACACUUUACAUUUCAAUCAGGAGACACUAGCUGGUAGAACAAAGGCAAUAAGACUCCAGUGUGAUGAUAUUAUUUUAUAGGGGUAAUCACGCCAUGAGCCGCACAGGAAUGUGUUUCCCCUGAUAGAGUGAAGAGUUGGUGAAAGGUCUGGAUGGAUGUGAUGUGGACAGGUGUCUCUGAUGAAACGAGAAGUGACUGGGGUUGAGGAGGGUCAGUCAGACGCUGAAGUGACAGCUGACAGCAGCAGAGAAAGGAGGAUUUGUUUGACACCAAACAGAUGAUUUGGUCAUGGAGGUAACUUGAAGAGGAAAGCGUGGCCCCAAGUUCACACUCCCAGACUCAAAGGCUGCAUCCAUUACUCCACCCGCCAGACUCCAGACUUGUCAGUCGUACAUACUGUGAGUGCUUGAGACAUGAGUUAAAUAUAUGAUGUUGUGGUUAUAUUUUAUUUCUAGCCUGCAUGAUUAGAGUAACAUUUCAAUAAAUUAAUUGUUUCAGACAUUGAGAAAAAUGUUGUACAAUAUCACACCCCUAUCGCAGUGAAUUGUAGAUAAUGAAUUCUAGUCCGGUCCCCCGAGGAGACUCUCUGGAAGUCUGCAGAAAGUCCACUUGAGAGCCCUUGUGAGCUGGAUAGAUCUUGGGUGUGGACACACCCGCAAAGUCCAUGAGUAAGUCUGCAAGGCUUUCGUGCUCUCUCGCAGUACAUUUUGGCCCCUCUCAUGGCCAUGAUACUUGAGUCUGUGUUUCUUCAGACUUUGGCUAAGGGAAUACCCUCAUUUCAUAGUGGUGUAACAUUAAACAUGGGGUUAUCAUGGGAAAACAUUGAUUCUCUAGUUUUACUGACACCUCUGACUGUGACUCGCUCAAACACUCAUCAGGUGACAUCAGCAAAGUCCGCCAGCUCAGAGGGGGACAUUGGGAUUGGGUCUGUGGUCGCCCUCAGGUAACUGAUGGAGUUGUAAGUGAGAAAGAAAAAAACUUUGGAUGUGGCCAUUAUGAUGUCACAGAUUGGUCUAUGGACUGCCAUUUGAAAGCUUCGAGUCUAGUUGUUGCCAUCUUGUUUUAUUGGAACCUGGAGUGAACAUAUUUGGAUCAGAGGGUGGAGUGAGGCAGAGGGCCUUCAGUACACGUGUAAACGGCAUUUUAGCUCACUAAAAACAGCUUUCACAGGGUGAAGUCAUUCAGAUAUUCUGUGUUCACGUCUGGACGAGUUCUUCUGGAAACAAUGACAAUGAGACACACAUUCAUCAGUGUUUGUAGCAUCAUUUGCAAACACUAACUCUGUGAGUAUGUGUUGUGAUACAGGAUUAUAUAAGUUUGUCGAUGACACAUAGACAGAUAGAUGGAUGAAUGGCUGAUCCUGAUGCUGGUUAUUUUGCUGCUAAAAAGAGCCCCACUUCUAGUUAUGUUGGUGCCUAGAACAGCGGGAAAAACACAGAAGCAUGGCUUGCAAAAUGGUCAUCCAGUAAUGGUGGUGUAGAAAAGCUAAAACAAGCAAAACCACAGGGUACUGUCACACUGAUCCUCACAUGCAAGUAGACCAAGUCUGCUUCGAAAUGCAAAAAAAGCUUAAAGUAUCUGUUUAGUUUUAUGCUCUCAGUCACUUUAUAAAAAUAAUAUGUGUUUUUUGUAAUGAAUUUUGUAUCAAAUGAGUCCUUUAGUUGUUGAAUAAAUUGAGUUAUUCUCUC